AUGGUAUUUUGUCGUGCUCCUAGCAAAGGCUGCGAGUUGUGCCGGAAACGCAAGGUCAAGUGCGACGAAGGGAGACCAGGAUGCCUCAAGUGCGCGAGAUUGAAGCAAAAAUGUCCUGGUUACCGCAACCUCGAUCAGGUCAGGAUCAGAGAUGAAUCCGACAGGGUUGCUCGAAGAUGCCGUCAAGAGGAAAAUUCGAGCAUGGUCUGGGCCUCAUCACAGACUGCUAUUGCGUCUUUACAGAACAAUACGCCAGCUUCCAGGAAGGAAUACCUCGCCAUAUCUCGCCAACAACCUGUGACCAUUGCACGUUCACUAUCGCCAUCUAGUCAUGAUCUGGGAGCGAACUUCUUCUUCGUGAAGUACUCUCCCAAAGAUUGUACUUUCAAUAAUCACCAUGCUUGGUUGACCAAGUCCUACUUUGACCAAGGACCCAACAACGUGUUGAGGAAGGUGAUUGAGGCAGUAGGCAUGGCGGGACUGUCAAACGUCUUCGACGCUUCACACAUCAAAUCUCAGGCUCGAGCGCAGUAUUCUGCAGCUCUGGCGUCCAUGCAGAAAGCGUUACACGACCCAAUCCAAGCCGUUUCGGACACGACGUUCAUGGCUCUCAUGUUGCUCGCGUUCUUCGAGACCAUCAACUGCGAAGCCUUGGAUAGGUGCCCCGAAUGGGUUGCUCACAUCAGAGCUGGCGCAGCUGUCCUAGAGCUCCGAGGCCAGGACCAAUUCAGCAGUGAGCGUGGCGGGAUGCUCUAUGUCCAGUUUCGCUCGUACCUCCUUCUGGCCUGCAUGCAGGAGAAUGUUGCUGUCCCCAACGCUCUAGUCAAAGCAACCUUCAAUUUUCAAACAGGCACCCUGAGACAAAAUUGGCAGCGUGCAAACAUCGCCAGCCCAGGAUCUAUCACCGAAAUUUGUUUUCGACUGGCCAACCUUCGUGCAGCUAUGAAAGACCAAGGGGCGAUAGACCCCCAAGCAAUUCGUGCAACUGCGCUAGAGAUCGAUGCAGAUCUCGAGACGUGGAGAGCAGGCUUGCCCCCAAGUUGGAAAUAUACUACAGUCUCUAUGUCUGACGCUGCUAAUGACACCCACUUUGCUGGUAAGAUGCAUGUCUACCCGAAUCUCUGGAUCGCAGAGGCAUGGAACUCAUGGCGCGCCGCUCGAAUCCUCGUCAACCAACUCAUCUUGCAGAACGAGGCUUGUGUGCCCAAUCCUGAUAAUGCGCUGACGGACCUGGCUCUUUCCACCAUUCGCCAGCUAUGCAUCGACAUUUGCAUCUCAACGCAUAGUUUCAGAGAUUCUCCACGCAAGUAUCCCCUUGGCUCACUUAAUACAAUUCCUCUGGCUAACUCCUUCUUUCAGGCAUCAUCUCAUUCAUGCACUCGCUUUUUCUCAUAG